UGGUGAGGGCUGCGUUCCUGUCCCGGCUGGCCGUGCCCAUGGCGUAGCCGCGCUGCUGCGCGCCUGCCCCGCGGGACGCGGCGUGGACAGACCUGCCGCCAGGUAAUUAAAAGUCCAGAAGAUUUGAUUUCAAAGUAACACCACAAAUUUCAAAGAAAGUAAAUCUACAUGAAGAGCCACAAAGCAAGUUGAUUUGAGAAGACACAGCAUUUACAAAAAUGUCGUCAAGUUGUGUGACUUCAGUGUUUGCUUUGAUGGUUUUGUGCUUUGCAGCUGCAGGUCCUGUGCCUCAGAGGGAAUGUGUCUUAUUGCCUGUGAACAAUUCUCACCCAGUCCAUGCCUUGUUGGAAAGCUUUACAGUCCUAUCUGGCUGUGCAAGCCGGGGCACGACAAGCCUGCCCCAAGAGGUGCACGUCCUCAAUCUCAGAAACCCCAAGGAGGGUCUUGGCCAUCAUGAAAGAGAGGUCACAUUACAUUUGAAUCCAAUUUCAUCAGUGCAUAUUCACCAGAAGCCUCUGGUGUUUCUUCUCAACUCUCCUUUGCCUUUGGUCUGGAAGCUAAAAACAGAAAGACUGGCACCUGGAAUCCGAAGAGUUUUCUUUGUGUCUUUAGGUUCUGUUGUUCAAUUUGAGAAGGGAAACUUCUCCUUGUCAGCAGAAACGGAAGAAAAGUUUUUUCCUGAGAAAAAUGAACAUCUGCUACAGUGGGCCCAGAAGGAAUAUGGAGCAGUAACAUCUUUCACUGAACUUAAAAUAUCGAGAAACAUCUAUAUUAAAGUAGGAGAAGAUCAAGUUUUUCCUCCCUCGUGCAACAUAAAAAAGAAUUUUCUCUCUUUAAAUUACCUUGCGGGAUACCUACAACCAAAACCAGCAGAGGGGUGCCUUAUGUCUCACUUAAUCCAAGAAAGAGAAGUUCAUAUCAUUGAACUAAGCACUCCAAAUUCCAAUCCUAACAGUGCUCUCCAGGUGGAUAUCAUCGUUGACAUUAAACCAUCUCAGCCAGGCGCCAGACUUGUCAGAGAUGUCGUACUUAUCCUCAAGUGUAGAAAGUCUGUCAAUUGGGUUAUCAAGUCUCAUGAUGUCCAUGGAAAGCUGGAAGUGAUUACCUCAAAUAGUAUUGGUUUUGGAAAAGAAACAGAACGAUCCAUGGCUAUGAGUAAAUCAGUAAUACCUGACCUUCCCUCAUCGCAUGAGACUUUGAUCAAGUGGGCUUAUGAGCAUCAUUAUAGUCCAGUUAUUUCCUACACAAAAGCACCUGUUGCCAACAGAUUUCAUCUGCAACUUGAAGAUACAGAAGAGAUGAACGAUGAAGAAGACCAUUCCCUUCCUCCAGAGCUGACAGAAUUGCUGGGUGCUAACCCACUGCCAGCUCCAAAGAAUACCGAUGGCCUGACUUUUCCAUUUCACAUUAACAGAGGAAGACAUGACACAGUGGGAGAAGAAAUCUUCCCAUCCAGGCAUUCAGUAGAUACAUUUAUAAAUCAUGACUUUGGGCAUUCCCUCUCAAAACAUAAAGAACCUGAAGAAGUUCAGGGCAGUGCUGGUAUGGCCCUGUCAAUAAAGUGUGAUGACAAAGUUAUGACAGUAGCUGUAGAAAAAGAUUCUCUCCAGGCUGGCAGCUACGCCCGCACAGAGCUCUCGCUGCUGGACCACUCCUGCAAAGCCAGGAUGAACGGCACCCACUUCAUCCUGGAGUCUUCACUCAACAAAUGCGGCACUCGGACAGCAUAUAUCUUCAACAAGAUUGUUUAUUUUAACUCUAUUGUCAUUCAGCUGUCAGCACCAGCUGAAGGCAGCGGCAUUGAAGAUGACGACCUGGAAUCGGGUGAUAAUGGAUUUCCAGGGGAUGCUGAUGAGGGAGAGGUGGCUUUCUCAAGCUGGCCUGAAAUAGCGUUUAAUUGCACACUGCACCAGCCAGAGGAUGACAGAGGCAUUUUCUGGCCUCCUGAACCACACAUCACCAAUGUGACUUUCAACAUGGAGCUGUACAAAACAGAUUUGUUCCUUGCUCCCUCCCAAGGACUCUUCUCUGUUGCAGAGAAUGGGCCAGUAUAUGUAGAGGUGUCUGUGACUAAAGCUGACAGAUCCUUGGGCUUUGCUAUUCAAACAUGCUUUGUUUCCCCGUUUUCAAAUCCAGAUAGAAUGUCUGACUAUACCAUUAUAGAAAACAUUUGUCCUAAAGAUGAAUCUGUUAAAUUCUACAAUAUUGAGAAAGAGAACUUUCUAAUACCACAUGCACAGAAGGACAGAAAAAGAUUCAGCUUUGUGUUCAAACCAGUGUUCAACAUCUCACUGCUCUUUCUUCACUGCGAGUUGACUCUGUGUACAAAUAAAGACAAAGAUACUCAAGGAUUGCCAAAGUGCAUUCCUCCUGAUGAAGCUUGCACCUCUCUCAACGUGGAUAUGAUCUUGGCCAUGAUGCACAACAAGAAAACCUUCACCAAGCCCCUUGUUGUAAUAAUACAUGAAGGAAAACAAGAAGAUCCUUCCCUUCCAAAGCCAAACGUGAGACAGCCACCCGUGCUGUACGGGCUGGACACGCUGACCGUGGUGGGCAUCGCCUUCGCGGCGUUCGUGAUCGGAGCCCUGCUGACCGGCGCGCUCUGGUUCAUCUACUCGCGCACAGGGGAAGCAGCGGGAAGGCAGCAGGUGCGCAGGUCGCCGCCAGGCUCGGAGAACAGCAGCGCGGCGCACAGCAUCGGCAGCACGCAGAGCACCCCCUGCUCCAGCAGCAGCGCCCCCUGAGCGGGACGCGGCCGAGCCGAGCGCCGCCUCGGGACAGCGGGCACGGCUCCUCAGCGCUACAAGGAUCGGUUCGCUUGCGUCCGAAAAAAUGAGGAGGGGUUUUACUACGGGGGGGA